GAAAAUCUCCCGGCACAGAGCUGUUCUAUAAUUUGGCAGAGGCGCCUGCCAAUAAUCAUGUACUACAGGUAGUGAAGUUUGAAAUCAAGAAGCUAGGUGGUCAAUGGAAUCGUGAGCAGCAGAGGAAGUAACUGAGAUCAGCAUCAGAGUUGUUCUUCAUUUCUUGAUUUGUUCUCGAAGUAAGAAUGAGGAUAGUCGGAUUGACUGGAGGAAUUGCUUCAGGGAAGAGCACUGUCUCCAAUCUUUUCAAAGCUCAUGGUAUUCCUGUUGUCGAUGCUGAUAUUGUAGCUCGUAACCUUUUGAAGAAAGGAACUGGUGGUUGGAAAAAAGUUGUGUCUGCAUUUGGUGAGGACAUCUUACUGGACAAUGGAGAAGUUGAUCGUGCAAAGUUAGGUCAAAUAGUAUUCUCUGAUCCAGGAAAGCGUCAGCUUCUUAAUAGGUUGCUAGCACCAUUUAUCUCACGUGGUAUUUUAAUGGAAGUUUUGAAGCUAUGGAUGAAGGGUUGCUCCAUUAUUGUUCUUGAUGUUCCUCUUUUGUUUGAGGCCAAGAUGGAUAAGUGGACUAAACCCAUUGUUGUCGUUUGGGUUGAUCCUGAGACGCAGCUGCAGCGGCUCAUGACGAGAGAUGGUUCGACGGAGGAGGAAGCCAAGAGCAGGAUAAAUGCACAGAUGCCACUGGAUCUUAAGAGAUCAAAGGCAGAUAUUGUGAUUGAUAACACUGGCACACUUGCGGCUUUGCAUGAAGAAUUCCAGAAAGUGUUAAUUCAGAUUACAAAGCCCUUGACCUGGACCGAGUUGAUGCUCUCAAGAAAGGGAGCUUUUUUGGCGUUGUUCUCUAUUUUUGUCGGUGUUGCUAUUUGCCAGAAAAGUUCAUGAAGGGAUUAUGAUACAUUUUGGAAUUUCUUUGGAGCACCUGGAUCUGAUGCUUAUUGAAAUAAACCCCCAGAUACGGUUGGCACAUGUUCAUGUUCUUUUAACAAGAUGUUGCAUUCUGAGAAGUCAAAUUUACUGAAUCUGGCAACGUGACACUAGCUUGAUCAAAUUUUUUUUUUCUGUUGAAAACCAGUUCUCCUUCCAUCAGUACGCCCAAUAAAAAUCAUUUUCCCAAUAGGAUAUAGUCAUGUGCUGUACAAAAUAAAGAAGACCCCAGUUGAUGCUUGGUUUAUGAUAGCAUCAAAAUUUGCUGUUCCAAUGUUGUCUUGCUUCCUGUUUCUCAGUGACUCCUCAAUUUUAGCUAGAGGCAUGUAAUGUCUCCCAGGUUUUGCUUGCUUAUUAAUGUUAUUCUGGUUAAUUUGUUAAA